CACACAGACAUUGGCUCCAAUUUGGGCGACCCCGUCUUCCGCGGCAGCUACCACGGCAAGCAGGCUCAUGCAGCAGACGACUUUGCCGACAUUCUCGGACGAGCGCGGCGAGCUGGUGUCGGCAUGCAGCUCCUGACGGGCGACUGCCUCGCGGGCAGCAAGGAGGUUCUCGCUCUUGCGCAACAGCACCAGGGCCUGUACGCGACCGUCGGCUGUCAUCCCUGCCGAGCGACCGAGCCCGACGCAUACCCUGGCGGCGCAGCCGCCUACUUUGACGCGCUCGACAAGCUCAUCGUCGAUAACAAGGGCAAGGGCAAGGCCCUCUUCAUCGGCGAGUGCGGCCUCGACUACGACCGCCUCCACCUCGCGUCCAAGGAGGCUCAGCUCCGAGCCUUCCCGCCACAGCUCGAGCUGGCCUCGAAGCAUGGGCUCCCCCUGUUCCUCCACUCGCGCGCCUGCCACCCCGACUUUAUCGCCACCCUGCGCGCCCACGACAAGCCGCUGCGAGGCGUCGUCCACUCGUUCACGGGCGAGACGGCCGAGGCGCUCGAGCUCGUCGACGCCGGGUUCCUCAUCGGCAUCAACGGGUGCUCGCUCAAGACGCCCGACAACCUCGACACGGUGCGCGCGUUGCCGCUCGACCGCCUCCUCCUCGAGUCGGACUGCCCCUGGUGCACGAUCGGCCCGUCGUACGCCGGGCACGCCCUCCUCGGCGACCUCCUCCACGACGCCGAGCACGCCGAGGCCAAAGCGCGCUACGUCCCGGCGGCGGUCAAGAAGGAGCGGUGGGCGCCGGGCAAGGCCGUCAAGGGCCGCAACGAGCCGUGCACGACGGGCCAGGUCGCGUGGUGCGUCGCCAAGCUCAAGGGCGUCGCGCUCGACGAGGUGGCGAGGGUCACGACCAAGACGGCGCUCGAGCUGUUUGGGCCCGAGGCGGGCGAGCAGGACGGUGUGUGGCACGGCGGCGAGGGAGACGCCGAGCAGGCAUAG